GCUUUUGCUCCUUCCGUGUAUAUCGAUCGCGCUUCCAGCGUACUAACCGGUACAGCAGCAAGCUGCUGGCAGAAGCUUUUCACUCCUUCUGGUUCUGGGUUUUUGAUUUGUGUUCCGAGCGUGACCAAGAAUGUUCACUUUCGUAGACUUCUUUGGAUGGAGGAGUAGAAACAGUUUUCCGCAAAAGGGAAAGAGAAAGUGCCGAAUGUGGUGACACGUGCGUGGCUGCAUGUUCUAAGCGACUGAACCCAAAAGGUUAUGCUGCGAAUGAAGCAUGCAAUGAGCAUGUAUCAUCCGUAAUGUGUGGCACAGUUCGUUCCCCUUCUCUUACGCAAGCUUUUAUUGAUUUAUGUUCACAUAAAUGAUGAGACUUUAUUACGAGAUAAUUUGAUGUUUAGCGUGAUGAUGGGGAAAUUUUAGAUCGGCUCUUGCAAUAUUCGUUACUGUUGGGGUCAAUGAUGAAGUAGCGAAGCUUUACAUAUGCAUUUAAACAGGGCUUGAAAUGAGUAGCUCCUUCGUAAGGUAACCGAACCAAACUUAACUGAACUUUUGUAGACUUAAAAUAUUAAAAGAGAGAAAAAGAUUAAAAUAGAGGAAUAGAUAUGGAGAUCCCCCUAUAUGGACUCCUCUGAUAAGACGAUCUCUAAACUACGCACCUAGAGUCUGCGGCCUGCUGACUUUCCCCCCUGGAAAGCAGCACCAUCACGUGCCUGAUGGCAAGGUUGGCGCAAACGAAACCUUCCUAUUGUGACAUCAUGCAAACGAACAAUCAUGUCAAAACAAAUAAACGUUAUUGCAUAUCUCACAGCAAACCGGUUUGAUUAGUAUUGACAGUGAAAAACACGAUCCAAAGCUUGGGCUUCGUUUUGGCUAACGUUUGUUUUGGGUAUGGAUAAAAUCUUAACGCACAACUCCAUAUCACCAGUUACCGGUUUUUAGUUGUUUGAGAUUUUGUUGUUGUCUUCGUUUACUGAAAACGUACUGUCUAAAAGAAUGGGUGAAACCUCUCCACCGGGAGAAAGCUUUCACGAUCGACACAGCACGAUAAGCUAAUGGCGACAUGGGGCACCAUAUCUACCCGUAUCUACCAGAACUUUUUUUUUCUGUCGCUCCAAACCGACCUGACGCAAGUACCUUAAGAAAAACAAACAACACGAUCACUAUGAAGACCGCAUCCCCAGCUGAAGAUCACAAGAUCCAUCAUUCCCCCAGGUUGCGUUUCGGUGGCGGGUGUGUCCCACAGGGAAAAAGGUUUUAUUUGUUUCUCCCAUGCACACUGAGCACACUGUCAACUAAUGUCUUGUUCCUGGUCGGUCAGGAAAAGGCUAUCGGUCUUUCGAAAGCGAGGGUUCAGCGUGUCAGUAUCAAGAAUUUAGGUCAACCUAAAAUGUAUAAAGCAGCAGGUUGGGGCAAUGGUGUGUUUUAGUUUCUUUAGGCACUCCGGAACUAAGGUGCCGGACUUGCUUGUUAGUACGAUGUUUGUAAGAUGGUGCGUGAAGCUGGCACUGCCCGUUGCAGUGACCAUGGUAUUGGUGCUGAUCGUACGUCCCGCUAGUGCCGAUCGGUUUCAGGACAAUAUCUUCUUCAACUACUACAACUCGUCCGGUGAUUUGGUGCACGUAUACAAUCUGGCCGAGAACAACACGUACGAGUACGAUAAGGAGUGUCACCCGGGAACAAAGUUUGCCGUAGUCGUGUUCGGGUGGAAGAUUGACUGUGACAAGUACUUCGUGCAGGAUCUCAUAAGAAAUCUAACCAAAUACCGUGGAGGCUGUGUGAUGUGCAUGAACUAUGAUCGCUUUGCUCAGCUGCCAACGUACGCACGACUGCGCCGUAACUUUAAAGACAUCCACGGUGUGCUACGCCAGAAGUUGGAAUAUUUGGAACAGGAAGGCUUCAGUCCGGACGAUGGAUAUCUCUACGGAUUUAGCUUCGGAGCUCAGAUGGUUCUGGCCGCAGCUAAAGAGUACGGUACGCGCAAACUGAAGGAGAUAGAUGUGUGCGAUAUCGUUGGUACCGGCUUCGAUACAACGGACAUUAAUGCACCGAAUCAUCGGACGGCUGCUAAGAAUGUGCAGUGCAUUCACACCAGCCGGAACUAUGGUACGCGGCAUAGAACCAGCUGUCAUCAGGACUGGAUUAUGGGUGACUGCGGGACCAAUCAACUGGCGGCACCAUUGUCCCCGUGGGGUUCGCACGGUGUCUGCACACUGCUCUACAACAGUGCGUUCGAGCAUGAGUUCCUCGCUAGUGCCAAACCCUCCAACUGCACCGGUGAGUCUGAGGUUCGUUCGUGGCCCGAAGGCUUCAAGAUGGGCUAUAACGAGCAACGCAAGGCCACCGUGCGGGGUCAGCUGUUUGCGCCCACGUUCGCCAAUUUCCCGUUCAACAUCAAUGUGACGGAAAGCUCCAAUACGACGGCGGCAACGACCAGACCACCGGCCAGUGCGAACGAUGUGGAGCAGUUUCCCGGCUUCGGAUUCCGUUCUGCUACGAACGAAUUGCUGCUCGAGGAAGUGGAUGAUACGGUCGAUUCGGGCACAGAUGGCCAACAGCGCUAAUGUCGAACUUGGGUGCGCAAACGUUUAACGAACCGAAAAACGAAUGCAUUCCACGAUUUUGUCGCAAGUACCGCAAGCCCCAUUGAAGUGACUGCUGGCUAGGAGGACUGGCAAGUUGGAUGUGGAGCACAGGGUGGAUAAUUUGAUUUGAUUUUUACCGUCCCUUCUCUCCUUCCGAUUACGUGGCGUCCGGUGCGGUAGUUGGGUGUUCAUUGAUUAGUUGUGGUUGAGAUCAUUUGGUUGAUUUUUAUUACUACCUAAAUGCCGAAUGUGGUUCUUGGAACCAUCAACCAGUAUUUGCAAAAAAGAAAACAUGUAGAAUAGAGGUAUAGAAAUUUAGUUCGAAAAUAGAAAUAAAAAUAAAAUUAUUAAAACUUAAAG